UGUCAUGGACGCGAUGGAUAUUCAGGCCGUGGAGUCAAAAUUGAGCGACGUAACAGUGACGGCGAUUCCUAUGAGUGGGAAGAAUGUACACAAGGACCUUAACCUCGCUACAAGUAGCCAUGCCACUAUAUCAACUGUCCCAGCCUCAUCUCCGUCGUCCUCUGGAAAAGACAAGGAUAAUGGGAUGUCGAAAUACGCUCAAUUACUUGCAGUCAUAGAAGAAAUGGGUAAGGAAGUGCGGCCAAGCUAUUCCGGUAGUCGCAGUUCAGCAGAACGUUUGAAGCGUGGCAUUGUUCAUGCUCGUAUCCUUGUAAGAGAGUGUCUCAUUGAGACCGAGAGGUCAGCACGUCAAUAGUUUUGUUUACCUAUAACAUACCACAGUCAAUUUGGAUGUACCUCAAGUUCUGAAUUAGCUUGAUAUAAUAAACCUGUAAGGACAUUUAUGUUAAUAUGGAUAGUAAGUCAAAACCAAAUGCAACAAUCUGCAAGUACAGCAUAAAGUAUUCACCUAUAUAAAAUUUAUUUCAAGUCACCUAAUGAUAUAUAUUUGAAAAUUAUCACAAGAGUUUCAA